AUGACUGAGGUAUUUGAUCGAAAGAUUUUAAACGAGAUGGGAGAAAUGGGGCUUCUUGGUGCAACAUUAAACGGUUAUGGGUGUGCCGGUGUGUCACAAGUUACGUAUGGUCUGAUGGCGAGGGAAAUAGAAAGAUGCGACAGUGCUUCGCCAAUGCUAGUCGACAGUGGAUAUCGUUCGGCGAUGAGCGUGCAGUCAUCUCUUGUUAUGCAUCCAAUAUAUGCUUAUGGUACUGAAGAGCAACGCGAGAAAUAUCUACCACGGUUAGCUUCUGGUGAAAUUGUUGGUUGUUUUGGACUCACUGAACCAAACUUUGGAAGUGAUCCGGCUGGCAUGGCUACACGUGCUGUGUACGAUUCCAGUAGAAAGUGUUUUAUUUUAAAUGGAAGCAAACAAUGGAUCACUAACUCACCAAUUGCAGAUGUGUUUAUUGUUUGGGCGAUUUGCGAAGAUAACCAAAUCAGAGGUUUUAUUCUGGAGAAGGUAAUAUGUACAAACAAGCUUACAUCAAAAUAUACAAUGAACUGUCGAUAUAACUAA